AUGGCGCAUCUGUUGCAGAGCUUACAUCAUAAAGAAAUCAUCAAUCAUAUUCAUCAUCAAGAAUUCUUUUACAUAAAAAAGCAGAGAAGAGAUAAUUUGAUUUCUACUGAAUGUGCAAGGCGUAGAUGGUCCUGUUGCUUCACUGAGAAGUUAGAAGAUAUAACUGAGCGUUUACAAGCAAAUGUUGCCGGACGGACGGAGUGUUUACGAGCAUUUGAUGUUGAUAGAAGCACGGACCGACGGACGGACAGAGGUGCCAACAAUAUAUGUCCACAUAGAGAGAUGUGGGCGUAUAAAAAUGAAUGA